AUGAACAAUUCAUCCUGUCUCCAGCCAUCGCCAGCUACCACUGUAGCCCUCCCCAUCAUCUACUCCUGCCUACUUCCCGCUGGAAUCUUUGGGAACAUUCUGGCUGCCUGGGUAUUUUCACGGAAAGCACCCACCCGAAGGACGCAGUACAUUUACCUGGCCAACCUGGUGAUGGCAAAUCUGCUGGUUUGCAGCACCAUGCCCUUCCUGGCUGCCUACUUCGUGGACGGGCACCGCUGGCCCUACGGCUCGGUGGCGUGCAGGAUCGCCCAUCACCUGGGGACGCUGGUGAUGCAGGUCAGCAUGUACGUGACCAUCACCAUCCUGUGCUCCAUCGCCCUCAGCCAGUACGCCACGCUGACCGAGAUCGCUGGCACGCAGCACCGCCCGGCUCUCCCGGCAAACUUCCACGGGCGCCUGCUGUACAAGUUCCGGCGGCCGAAGUUCGCUAAAUAUUUGUGUGUGGUUAUCUGGCUGAUUGUGCUGUGCAUAACGGUCACAGCCAUCAUGUACAACGUCCAGGAGAGGGUUUCGGGAGACUUCCCCACAUGCUACAACAUCAAGGUAGAAGCUGGUGAACGUCCUGCAAUGAUUGCAGGUUCCCUUGCCACUGCGUGCUUUUUUCUGUCUUUUAUGACCGUUUUGUGGUCGUACUAUUCUCUUACCAGACAUCUGAGCAGAAUACAAAAGAACACCUCUAUUGGAGGAAAACAUCUGAUUUACAGAAGAGUGAGAAGAAACAUUCUUGUCAUCCAGAUGAUAUUAACUGUCUGCUUUCUUCCAUACCAUAUUUUUAAGCCGAUUUUCUAUGUACUCCUUACAGAUAAUGACUGCCCAAGGUUAAACUAUCUAGUGGAAAUAAAAAAUUUCCUUACUUGUCUUGCUGCUGCUAAAAGCAGUUUAGAUCCCGUUACAACCCUUCUGUUAGAUAAAACAUUUAAGGAAAGUCUUUAUGGCGUGUUUACAAAAUCCGCACCAGAACAUCAAAAACGUAGCAAUGAUAUUUUCACUGAAAUGGGAAGGAAAAUAGAAAGAUUUUCAUAG